UGGAGGACAGUGGGGUGGGCAACUGAUGGUCCAGCAUCAUCCAGCAGUAAGUGUCAAGGUCUCAUGACACCUGGAUCCUACAGUUCCAUAAGCUGGGAUUCUGGUGGCCUCCAUUCUGAGUUGACUGUCAGUUUCUGUAAUAUUUGCAUUAAAAGCACCAAGACUUUCCUCUUUCCCGUGAGCAAACAAGCCACACCCUGCAACAACCAAAGUCCACCUGUUCUUCCAGUUACCCUCGGUCACAGGGACUUUCAUUUCCCUGGUAAUUCAGUGUUUCUAAGAUUGGGUGAGUUGCUCCACCUCUCCCCCAGUUUUACGGACCCAUGAGCAUAUAUAAUUGGCCUGAUUUAAGAAGGAACCAUUCACCCGCCGGCCUUCUCCCCAGAUCUGGAGCCUGAGAAAAUGACCUGAAAUCCAAAAGGAGAAAUUAAGGUAGGAUUAUAAAAGAGCUUUUGCGGGGAAGGAAGUUAGGCAAGAUGAGAGUGAACACACCAUAUUUAAGGGAAGUGGUGUGGCAGAGACUUCCUUUGGGUCAUCUUUGGAGAUGAUUUGAAAAGAAAGAAAAAGAUGGCUUCAAACAUUACACAAGUCUCUCUUCUGCUUUCUGUCCUGUUUUCUUUCUCUUUCUCUUUCAUUGUGGCAUCUAUAACCGAGGAAAAGAUGCUAGUUAGGAAAAUGACUUGCUGACAACAUGCUGCUAUAAAUGGUUGGCUGUAUCAACGGCAGUACGUUACUGUGGGCGAGAACAGUUUGAACUCCUGCAGAAUCCUGGCAACCAACAGCAAAUCAGAGAAGACUUUCAACUUGUAAAUUAUGGUGGUUCUGUUUCUGGCUAUGACAAUGACAUCCUGGCCAUUUAAUUUUGAACUGUAUAAAUAUUCACAGAAAGCUCUCAAGAGAAAACAGGGGGGAAAAAUAAAAGAGUUUUUUAAUCACCUGCUUCUUAGAGUUGUAUGUAAAUAGUGAUUUCAAGUGAAGCAGAUAUAGGGAAACCACAGGAUGCAUAGCAAAGCUAAUGAGGUAUUUCUGAAACUCAUUCAGAAUCAUGGUUUAGGUGGCCAGAACUGUCUCCUUUGAUGGAAAGGGGGCAACUGCCUGAAGUUGGAGCCUGAGCUGUGUCCUUUGGGUCCAUCCACCUGAGCCCUCUCAUCUAGGAGUAUCAAGUGUGGCAGGAUUCUUCAGAAGACCCAGUGGGAAGCUGGUGGGACAGGUUGGAGACCAUGGUCUCUUUACAAGAGGACAGACAGGAGGAGGCUGUCUGCCCCAUCUGCCAAGAACACCUGAAGGAGGCUGUGAGCACGGACUGCAAACACCUCUUCUGUCGUGUGUGCCUGGCCCAGCACAUGGAGAAGGCCUUGGCCUCUGGGGCUCUCUGCUGUCCCCUCUGCAGGAAGCCCUAUUCUGAGGGGGUACUGGGGGAAGGCUACAUCUGCCACAAGCACCAGAAGAGGUUUCAGAGGUUCUGUGAGAAGAGCAAAUGUCUACUGUGCGUGGAAUGCCUGGAGUCCCCUGAACACCAGUCUCAUUCUGAGCCGACCAUUGAAACUGCCAUCAGUCACUACAAGAAACGACUCACCCACAAGUUCAGGAAGCUCAGAAAGGACAUUGGAAAACUUCAGCAGCUCAAGGCUCAGGAGGAGGAGAAGCUGCAGGCUCUGCAGCAGGUGGGCCAGCUGGAGGACACAUCAGCAGAGGAGGCCAGAAUCCUUGAGCUCUCCAAGGCAAUAGCACAGAUCAGCCUUCUGGUUGCUGAUCUGGAGAGUACAGCCAAGGAGUUGGAUGCCAAUACACUGACGACUGCCAGUGACUUACUGAAAAGGAGUACUCCAAAGAAUCUAGAUGAACUCCUCUCUCUGCCUGCUCCAGCUGGUCCAGUGGCCAAUUAAUCUUCCUGGUACAUCAUCAGGUCUGCCAUCUCCAGAACACAUACCUAUUUUGUCAUCCCUACAGCCGUGAUCUGAUGCCUGUAUCUCUGACACUUGGACUCAGUCUCCUUCCUGAAUGAGGUUCAUGCUAUGGCUGUCACUGUGGAAGUCAGAUCCAUGAUCUCCACGACCACUUAUAUGAUCUCCAUUUUGCCUGUAAACCAAUGGUAUUAAAAUAAGCACCCAGGUAUCUGGGUGGCACGAGCUCACCAAUGAUGAUGCCAUGUCAAUACAUGGAUCCCAGCAGGUUUGUGGGAGGAAUAUUUCUUCUGAGCUUCAGUAGCACCUGUUCUUUGUACCAUCCAACUGUCACAGUAGACAGACUCCAGGGGGAUUCCCAUGAUUCUUACCUCUUGGUGUUCAUGCCCUUGUGUGACUUCCUUCCCCUGAGUAGACUGGGAAUCAUUACUUGCUUCUCAUCAAUGAAAAAUGGCAAAGAUGGUGGAGUGUCACUCUAGUACUAUGUUACUUGGCUUAGGAUUCCUCCUUCCUAGCAGACUCAACUCUAGAAGCUCUCCUUGCUGACCUGUUGAAGUGGAGGAUCUAUCUACCUUCUAACCAGUAGAAACAGGGACCCUUAGACUCCCAGCUGUAAGAAGAUGAAUUCUGCCAACAUCUGAGUAAGACUGGAAGUAGAUUCUUUUCCACUUGAGCUCCCAGAUAAGAACCUGGUUCAGCUGACACCUUGAUGACAGUCUUAUGAGACCCUAAGCAGAACAUUCUGUUAAGUUAUGCCCAAAUUUUUGACCCCCCCCAAAAAACUGAGACAAUAAAUAUGGAUUGUUUAAGGUAGUAAACUUAUGGUAGUAUUAAUGGAAAAUGAAUAACUAAUAUAAUUGUAUAUUAAUUACUUAUUCAUGUAUCUCUCUUCUUUGGGUGAGCAAAGAUAUUACUCUAUGUCCUCAAUUGUUGGUGCCUGGCUCAUAGUUGGUGCAUAAUAAAACUGUAAAUGGAG